CGGCGACGUCCAGAUUCGGGCCAGCCUUGAGGAAGGGUGCACAAUGGAGUCAGGACUGGGGUCAGACGAUAAGCGGCGACGGGGCCCUGGCCUUAUGGACCAGGAGGGUGGAGGGCUUCUGGCGAUUGGGUGUCCGAUCCCUGCUGUUCUCUUAUGUCGCGCUCACCACCCCGGUGAUGGCUUUUCCAGUGCUGGUCUGCCACUGUAAACUCCAAGGGUGCGGCGAUGUUUUUACAGAUGUGGUCCUCGCACAAGGCUGGAGCAGAGGAGGAAUGAUUGUGAACAGCCUCUCACUGUGCUACCACAACAAACUCAUCUUAGCUCCUAUGGUUCGGGUAGGGACUCUCCCAAUGCGGCUGCUGGCCCUGGACUAUGGAGCGGACAUCGUGUACUGUGAGGAGCUGAUCGACCUCAAGAUGCUUCAGUGCAAGAGAGUUGUCAAUGAGGUGCUCAGCACGGUGGACUUCGUCGCCCCCGAUGACCGGGUCGUCUUCCGCACCUGCAGAAGAGAGCAGAGCAGGCUCGUCUUCCAGAUGGGGACCUCGGACGCAGAGCGAGCCCUCGCCGUGGCCAGACUUGUAGAAGAUGACGUGGCUGGAAUCGAUGUCAACAUGGGCUGUCCGAAAGACUAUUCCACCAAGGGGGGAAUGGGAGCCGCUCUGCUGUCUGAUCCUGACAAGAUUGAGAAGAUCCUCAGCACUCUUGUUAAAGGGACACGCAGACCUGUGACCUGCAAGAUUCGCAUCCUACCGUCGCUGGAAGACACCCUGAGCCUUGUGAAGCGGAUAGAAAGCACUGGCAUCGCCGCCAUCGCAGUUCACGGGAGGAAGCGGGAGGAGCGACCUCAACACCCUGUCAGCUGUGAAACCAUCAAAGCCAUUGCCGAAACCCUCUCCAUUCCCGUCAUAGCCAAUGGAGGAUCUCACGACCAUAUCAAAGAUCAUUUGGACAUCGAGGACUUUCGACGAGCUACAGCAGCCUCUUCAGUGAUGGUGGCCCGAGCUGCCAUGUGGAACCCGUCCAUCUUCCUCAAGGAGGGUCUGCGGCCCCUGGAGGAGGUCAUGCAGAAGUACAUCCGAUACGCUGUGCAGUAUGACAACCACUACACCAACACCAAGUACUGCUUGUGUCAGAUGCUACGAGAACAGCUGGAGUCGCCCCAGGGAAAGCUGCUCCACGCCGCCCAGUCUUCCCGGGAGAUUUGUGAGGCUUUUGGCCUUGGUACCUUCUAUGAAGAGACCACACAAGAACUGGACUCCCGGCGGGCUGAGCUCUUGGCCAAGACCCCAGAGGAGACGAGGGAGCCAGCAGAAGACCCCUCUGGUGUCAUUAAGAUGGCUGUCAAGUUUGACCGGAGAGCAUACUCUCCCCAGAUCACCCCGAAGACCUGCCUGUUGGAGUGGUGCCGGAGGGAGAAGUUGGCACAACCUGUGUAUGAAACGGUUCAACGCCCCCUGGAUCGGCUCUUCUGUUCUGUUGUCACUGUUGCUGAGCAAAAGUACCAGUCCACCUUGUGGGACAAGUCUAAGAAACUGGCGGAACAGGCUGCAGCCAUCGUCUGUCUACGGAGCCAGGGCCUCCCUGAGGGUCGGCUGGGUGAGGAGAGCUCCUCCUUGCACAAGCGUAAGCGAGAGGCACCUGAACAAGACCCUGAGGGCCCCAGAGCUCAGGACCCAGCAAAGCCUGGGGAUCUGUGCAAGAAGCCCUUUGUAACCUUGGGAAGUACUAAAGAGAGCCCUCUGGAAGGCUGGUGACCACUGUCUGUACCCUGGUCACCACCGCCUGACUGCGGGUCUGGCCCUGAGAUGACUGUGGGUACAGAGCAUAAACCAGAUGCUGUUGGACAGUUUGCUGCCCGUGCCUGACAGGUGUCAAGAAGUUCUGGCCUGGCCCAUCAUCCUGGAGCAUUGGCCAAGGGGUGCCCAGAGUGCCCGUCUCUCUUGGUCGGUUUUAGUAGCAGGGCCAAGUUCCCAGUGACCUCCAUAUUUUCUUUGAAAACAGGAGCUUUUUCAGUGGCACCUCCCUCAUCUGACAUUGGUGCAGUGCAAUAAAGACACCUACUCUCACCCACGGCUGGCUGCUUCAGCCUUGGGCUUCUUCACGUACGGACUGGUGGAUGACCUGGCAUAAUUAUUCUACUCCUACCCUCUGUGAAGAUCUGGAGCUUCCUAAGAAGCCUAUCUCCUCCCUAUCCUUACAAGUCUGGGUGGAGGUGGGGGGCAGGAUAUCACCUUUAGUGCUCCAUGGACUUGAGCGGAGCCAGGAAGGCCCAAGAAGCCCAUUCUCCUGAGGACAAACCUGAGGUAAUAGCCAGCGGUUGGCCUUCCUGAUGAGAGACCAUAUGGAAUCUGGGGGAACAACUGGGGUAUCUGGACCUAGUUGGGCAAGCUGGGAGUGCUGGGUGAGCCCAGCUGUCUGGAGCCCACACCUACAAAGUGCCUGCUCUGGGCAGAAGACUUUGGAGACUGCUGAUGACAACAAUUUGGGGCCCUUGCGAUUGCCUGCCCACGCCACCUCCCACCCCCACCAUCCGGUUUGAGCCGGAAGUGGCAGAUUCUCUUUAAUUUCCUCCUGGCAGUGAGAAGCAAACAAACGGGCUACCACAACUCAGCUUGUGGGGCCACCCCCGCUUACUGGGAGGGGCAUUCUGACCAAAGGUCCCUGCGCUUCCUCAGCUGUAAACAUGCUGCUUCUCCUCCCCUUUUCCAAGCUCUGUGGGAAGAGGGUAAUCCCCUCUGGGCCAAGGCCGUGCUCCUCUCGCACCACCCCAAGGUCAGGCCCCUGCACCAGCCAGCAGCCCCUGGCCCUUCCAGCCUGACUCAAGUGUUGGGCUGGUGAGGCCUCUGUCUCAGUCCCAGACCGCUUCAUUGCUCUUCUGUGUGCAGAUAAGGAUGCCGCACCAAUAGUGGCCUUCCAGAGCCUGUGGCUAUCUGAUCUUUGGCGGGUCCGUUCUAGUCCCCUCUGGGGCCAAGGGCCCUCCUCUGAGAGUGGGAUCAGCUGUUCUCUGCCUGCUUGAGGCCGGCUGGAGGAUAAACAGGCUAGUCCUGUGAUGGGACACUGCCAUGCUGAGCCUGCCCUCACUGCCUGGACGUGUGCUCUCAGAAAAGGGACCCCAACCAGGAGAGCGAAUGAGGCUUCAUCUGGUUUCAGCCAUCAAGCUUAGGCACAAUUUACUUCUGAUUUUUCCCACAAAAAACUGUUUUAGUCAAAAUGCCCCCUUUGCCAUUCCUUAUACCCCAAUAGGAACAGAGCAGAUAGCAGGGCCCCUGUGGAUGCCCCCCCCAGGCAUCCUGAGCCAGUCCGAGCUUACAGGAGGGCCCUUGUGGGCUAGGGACCCAGUCUUAAGAUCUACUUCCCCAGGUGGGUUGGGCUUUGUCCUCCAGUCUCUUUGCCCACUAUUGUGGUUUCCUGGGGAAACCUCUUUGGCAGUGUCAGAUUCCUUUCUAGGCUAUGGAGAAGGAGAGGCAGGGGUAGAGGUCAUUUGCUAAGAUAGAGGAUGGACUGUGGGGGACCUGGAGGGCCCGGGAGAAGUAUUGAGGGGAGGGUCAUUCACGGGGGAGCAGGUAGGUAGGGGCUAGUGUGUGUUCCAUGAGUAAGGAUGCCUGACAAAGGUCCUAGUUGAAUAUGUUGGCUCACAAAUGGUUUCACUUCAGUACACUUCAGUGAUGCCCGCCUUGGUCUCAGAGUGACCUACCUAAGACCUGGUGCUAACUGGAGGGCCCAGUCAGGUCUGAAAGUUCCAUCCACUGUUCUCAUCUUGCCCACCUUAAACUAAGGCUUCUUAGACACCCAAACCCAUCUCUGGACUAGUGGCCGCAACACUUAUCCAUUCAUUCCAACUGUCUCGAUUGAGGACUUCCUCUUAACUCAUCACAUUUUGAGGACAAAUGGUUUUAAUAUGAAUAUGAGAGGGAGGGAUGAGUAAGGCUAGAGAGGGUGGCAGGUCUUCCAAAGACGACAGCAAGAAGAUUGGACUUUGUGCAGAUGAAUGGGGAGCCCCUUGCCCUUGUAGUCCUGCACUCUUAGUUCCUUCUAGGUGUCACUAUUGCUCAGAACUCUUCCAUGGCUCUCCACUGCCCUCUGGAUCAAGUCCAAACUCCUUAGCCUAGCAUUUGAGGACAAAUGAAGUAGCCUGUGCUGACUUCAGCAACUGAUUGUCUUGGAUUGUAGACUGGAGCUGCUCAAGGGCAGUCCUUGUGUCCCCUAUGGCCAGCCUUGUCAUGGGGGUGGUGAGCAGGCAUAGAAGUAUCAAACAAGAGCUUGAGGGGAAGGGACGUGUGGCAUGGAGAGGAAGUCUUCUAAACUCUGACUUUCCUCCAAGGCUCCUGUUUCUUCUAAUGUGGAACAAAGCUGGUAGGACUGGGCUAAACUAUCAUCCCAUGGUUCAGAGGCCAUAAGGAGAGCCUUCAACAAUGGGGGCUCAGAGCUAGGCCUGGGGCAGCUGAUGAAAUAGAUGGCUUUCCCUAAAUCUCAGGCCUGACUGGUAUUCACACAGGAUCAUGAUGGGGCAUACAGGGACCUGCACAGCUGGCACAGUCUAGGGUUCUAUCUAUCUGGAGGUGAGUCAGAUGGCCUCCAGCUAUCUAAAAGAGCUUUGGAGCUGGCCUGAGAAAGAGCUCAUGGGGGAAGUCCCACCCUAAUUGAGGAAAAGGGGUGGAGUCAGUUUUCCUAUUGGUCCAUGUAUAUGGCGUUGGGGUCCUGUCACAACCUGUAGAGCUUCCAGUCAUUGCUGCCUUUCUUAUAAAAGUGACAUUCUUCCUAAAGUUGGUUCCCACCGCUAGCCCACCCUCAUCACUCCAGGGUAGGAAUCUCAGUUUUCUCCAGACCAGAGACCUUCCCCAAGACCUGAGCCCUUAUAAGUUUUUUUUUUUAAGAAUUUAUUUUUUAGAGAGAGGGGAAGGGAAGGAGAAAGAGAGGGAGAGAAACAUCAGUGUAUGGUUGCCCCUUGCAUACCCCCAAUUGGGGACCUUGCCUGCAACCCAGGCACGUGCCCUGAUUGGGAAUUGAACCAGCGACCCUUUGGUUCACAGGCCCAUGCUUGAUUUACUGAGCUAUGCCAGCCAGGGCCCUUUGUAAAUUUUUACAGUGGCUGAGAACACAGCUACAUCACCCAACAUUUGAUGAAUGGGUGAAUUUUUCAAGCCAUCUACAGCUUCUGUGGUCCCUUCCUAGCAGUGGGACUGACAGGCCCUGUCUCCCUUUUGCCUUUUCCCUGGCCUGAUUGGCUGAGUCCCUGGUUCGGGUAAAGUCAUGUCCAGAGGGCAGAGAGGUUGGAUAAAGGUCCAUUUUCUCCCACAGAGGGUAACCUGAGAGGUGCGUAUGGGGGCAGGGGCACACAUCUUGACAUUGCAUUGUUUUAUGGGGAGGGGAAGGUAAGUUGGACAACCUUCUGGGGUCUUUUACUCUACUGGGGUCAUGGUACAUGUGGUACUAAUUGGCAGGCCAGCCAUCUGCUGGGGCAGAAGCCUGCAAAGCUAGCGUGACUUUUGGCCUCUGAGUUCUACGCUCAGUCCCUCAAGGUUGGAGAUCCUCUGAAAGCAGCACAGCUUAUCGGGAGGAUGUUACACCCACUUAAUGCCAUUUGCUCCCUCUCCCUGACCACUGUUACCCUCUCCUACCUCUAACCCCCACCGCUCCCAGUUCAAUCUGGUGUGAUUCAGAUUUCUGAAUAUGGAAGUACCCUGCACUAAACCCGUCUGUCUCCCUACUGCCCUCAGGAUAAAGUCCAUAUAUCUUGCAGUGUGACUUGCAGUUCAUUCAUCUGGCCUAACCUUUGAUUUCCCACUGCAGCUACUUUUGGUCUCCAAGUCCUUGGAAAUCUGUUCUGUCUGGAACCAUCUCCCUCAACUCUUGUCCAUCUCUCCAAUUGGUAAUUAGCCCUGUGGAGGAUUUGUAGCCAGCGGGAUUAUGAACCUCUGAGCACAUGGCACAACCCUAAUCUCGGCAUAUAGAUUUGCUGGCCUCUCCCCCACCUCUAAAGGGAGACAAAUUUAUCUCUGCGUUCCCACUGGGUUCCCCACAACGCGCUUUGUAAGGAUGCUACUUGAUGCUACGUCCCGUGGGACCCGGAGCUAGGGGAGUUGGUCACCUCCAUCUCUCCCAGCUUCCCGUCCAACCUGUGCCUUGGAGCAGCUGUAAGUAAGUAAACAAGCCUGGCUCGUGUUCCCCUGGCACGGCCUCUAUCAUGGGCCCCAGGAGGAGGCUGUCUUGGGUAUUCUCAGAAGACAGGCCUGCUGGCGGGGUUGAGGAGUGAAAACGGUUUGCCAACUCCCUACUAACAGCCACUCGGUUGGGGUAACACGAUCCCGCCCGCUUUCAUUUGUACUUGGCCGUAUAUGUCAUGACGACCUUUCAACUUUCAGCGGCGACAGGCCGUGCCCCUCAGGCUUUGCUGAGGCCUCGAAUGAGCGGCCUGUCCUCGAGGGAGCAGCUGCUAGGCCGGCGCGUGGGGACAGACAAAGGCUCAGCCAGCUUUAUGCCGUACCCGCGCCGUUGGAGUAGUUCUACGAGACUCGUAGUGCAGCCCGAGUCUCUGGCUCCGCCCCACCCUAGGUCUGGUCCCCGCCUUCUCGAGACCCCGCCAUCAGGCUUGGGAUCGGGUAUGAGGGUUUGAGUGGAGCUCACGUAGCCGUCCGCGGCCCUGACACCUUUAACAAACCCAGUCAAGCAGAGUAAUACCGCACAGACCCGUAAGCUCAGGGUUCUGGCACCUCUUCCUCGACGUGCGCUACGACCCAAUAAGGAAAAGGAUUUUUUCCAAUUGGCCGGUGAUGGGCUCCUCAACCCACUUAGAGAUACCAACUUUACACCCGGGUGCGCGGGCCUGGUUUAGAAGUUGAGAAAGGAGUAGAGGCUAAACUACAACUCCCAAGCGGUAGCGGGCUCUCCAGCUCUCCGUAUUCACGUGACUUCCUUCUCCAGCGACGCCGUCACGCGGUAGGCCGGUGAGCGGGCGGGGCCGUCGGGUUUAGCCGCGGCGCCAGCGGCCUAUCGGAGGCCCCGGGAGACGGGCGCGCAGUAGGGGGCGGGGUCGGGCGCGCGGCACGGCGCGGGAGCGCGCCGGUGGCGGCGGUGACUGUGGCGGAGCGGGGAAUGUCGGCUGCGGCGACAGUGGCGGCUUAGGCACCAGAGACUGGCGGCGGCGGCAGGUCCUGGUGCGGUUCGGCGUGCUGCCGGCUCUAGAGUUCGGAAGGGAACGCUCGGCGUCGCGGUCGCGCCCGGAAAGUUUGUUCCGGAGCCGUUACCUUUCGGCCGGCUCGGCCCGGCAUGAAGCGGCGCUGAGGAGCUGUCGCUGCUGUAGUCGCCCCUUGAGGAGGAACCGUAGUACCUUGGGCCACGCCGAUGACUACUGCAAACUGUGGCGCCCACGACGAGCUCGACUUCAAACUCGUCUUUGGCGAGGACGGGGCGCCGGCACCGCCGCCCCCGGGCUCGCGGCCUGCAGAUCUUGAGCCAGAUGAUUGUGCAUCCAUUUACAUCUUUAAUGUAGAUCCACCUCCAUCUACUUUAAACUCACCACUUUGCUUACCCCAUCAUGGAUUACCGUCUCAUCCUUCUGUUUUGUCACCAUCGUUUCAGCUCCAAGGUCACAAAAACUAUGAAGGAACUUGUGAGAUUCCGGAAUCUAAAUACAGCCCAUUAGGUGGUCCCAAACCCUUUGAGUGCCCAAGUAUUCAGAUCACAUCCAUCUCUCCUAACUGUCAUCAAGAAAUAGAUGCUCCUGAAGAUGCCCUACAUAUAAAUGACCCAGAAAAGGAAUAUUUGGAAAGGCCUUCUAGAGAUCAUCUCUAUCUUCCUCUUGAGCCAUCUUACCGGGAGUCUUCCCUUAGUCCUAGUCCUGCCAGCAGCAUCUCUUCUAGGAGCUGGUUCUCAGAUGCAUCAUCUUGUGAAUCUCUUUCACAUAUUUAUGAUGAUGUGGAUUCAGAAUUGAAUGAAGCUGCUGCCCGAUUUACUCUUGGAUCCCCUCUGACUUCUCCUGGUGGCUCCCCAGGGGGCUGUCCUGGAGAAGAGUCCUGGCAUCAACAGUAUGGACUGGGACACUCCUUGUCACCCAGGCAAUCUCCUUGCCACUCUCCUAGAUCUAGUGUCACUGAUGAGAAUUGGCUGAGUCCCAGACCAGCUUCAGGACCCUCAUCAAGGCCUACUUCCCCCUGUGGGAAACGGCGGCACUCUAGUGCUGAGGUUUGUUAUGCUGGAUCCCUUUCACCCCAUCACUCACCUGUUCCUUCUCCUGGCCACUCCCCAAGGGGAAGUGUAACAGAAGAUACCUGGCUCAAUGCUUCUGUCCAAAGUGGACCAGGGCUUGGUCCUGCCCUUCUUCCACCAUUUCAGUACUAUUUAGAGACUGAUAUCCCUCUGAAAACAAGGAAGACUUCUGAAGAUCAAGCUACUGUACUACCAGGAAAAUUAGAGCUCUGUUCAGAUGAUCAAGGGAGUUUAUCACCAUCUCGGGAGACUUCAAUAGAUGAUGGCCUUGGAUCUCAGUAUCCUUUAAAGAAAGACUCAUCUGGUGACCAGUUUCUUUCAGUUCCUUCACACUUUACCUGGAGCAAACCCAAGCCUGGCCACACCCCUAUAUUUCGCACAUCUUCAUUACCUCCACUAGACUGGCCUUUACCUACUCAUUUUGGACAAUGUGAACUGAAAAUAGAAGUGCAACCUAAAACUCAUCAUCGAGCCCAUUAUGAAACUGAAGGUAGCCGAGGAGCAGUAAAAGCAUCUACUGGUGGACACCCUGUUGUGAAGCUGCUGGGAUACAGUGAAAAGCCGAUAAAUCUACAGAUGUUUAUUGGAACAGCAGAUGAUCGAUAUUUACGACCUCAUGCAUUUUACCAGGUGCAUCGAAUUACUGGGAAGACAGUUGCUACUGCAAGCCAAGAGAUAAUAAUUGCUAGCACAAAGGUUCUGGAAAUUCCACUUCUUCCUGAAAACAAUAUGUCAGCCAGUAUUGACUGUGCCGGUAUUUUGAAACUCCGCAAUUCAGAUAUAGAACUUCGAAAAGGAGAAACUGAUAUUGGCAGAAAGAAUACUAGAGUACGACUUGUGUUUCGCGUACACAUCCCACAACCCAAUGGAAAAGUCCUUUCUCUGCAGACUGCUUCUAUACCUGUUGAGUGCUCCCAGCGGUCUGCUCAAGAACUUCCUCAUAUUGAGAAGUACAGUAUCAACAGUUGUUCUGUAAAUGGUGGCCAUGAAAUGAUUGUGACUGGAUCUAAUUUUCUCCCAGAAUCGAAAAUCAUUUUUCUUGAAAAAGGACAAGAUGGACGGCCUCAGUGGGAGGUGGAAGGGAAAAUAAUCAGGGAAAAAUGUCAAGGGGCUCACAUUGUCCUUGAAGUUCCUCCAUAUCAUAACCCAGCAGUUACAGCU